AUGGCAACUGAGGUCAAUCAAAACUUUUUUGCAUGGUCACAGGAGGAAACUUCUGUGCAAGAUCUUUCACAGGGAACAUCACAAAUGUUUGGUCAUGGUUCCAUAUCUUUUGGAAGAUUUGACUUGGAAUCAUUAGAAUGGGAGAAGUGGUCUGUAUUUACCAAUGACAGGCGUCAUGAAGAGUUUGGAAAGUUCAAUGGAUUAGUUGCGAAGAAGAAGGCAUACUUUGAAGAAUACUUUAAGAGGAUUAGGGAGCUCAAGGCUUUACAGCAACAGAACCAGCAAACUGAACUUCAUCUGGAGUACAAUGGUGAUGGCAGCGAUUCUAGUCAAACAGGAGAAUAUGAAGCAGCCCACGGAGCUCCUACUGAAUCUGAAACACUCGUUGAUGAUUCCACAAAGCAGACAACAGCUGCAACCACAAUUGAGCAUGGAAUGGAAUGCUACGGUUAUCAUGAGAAUGGUAGUUUAGUGAAUGAAAUUUCUGCAUCAACCCAUUCUUCACCAGUUGGUGAUUUGCAGCAAAUUGGCAAACAAAUGAGAGGAAGCGUUAGUGGCAAAAUGGAUAUAUUGGUGCAAGAUGCUAAUUCCAGCCAAGAUGAUCCUAUGGUCCAUGAGACUAUGAUCACUCCUAAUAAGAGAACAAUUGAGAAAGACUCUCGGGUUGGUCAGGCGUCAAAACUAAUUCCGAAGACUGUCAAGAUGAUUUCUAGUAAUGUUUCUGAUCACACAAAUGUUUCCAAGGGACCCUGUUCAGGCGAGCCCAGUGUGAUAAACCAGAUGGCAAAACCGGAAAAUAUCCUGUCAUUGCGAAGGCCAAGAGAAGCAACCAGCGAUUUAGUUGGCACCGCUGCUAGAAGUGGUAUUACAGGUUUAAGAAGACCUUCCUCAGCAGCAUUACAACGGCCCUCUACCAGAGAGCGGCGACCUGUCACAAAAGAUGCUUCAAGGAAGCAUGCUGAAGUUACCACUCCAUGCCGUCCAUCAACUUCUGAAAGACGCACGGCCAUCAGAGAUUCGGCGCUAAAGCAUGGCAACAGUGCUAUCCCAUGUCGACCUUCUACCGCUCACAGGUGCCCUAUCGCCAAAGAAUCAGCAACAAAGCAAUGCAACAUUGCUACUCCACGCCGGCCUUCUACUGCCGACAGGCGCCCUGUCACCCAAGAUUCAACACCAAAGCUAUCCAACAUUGCUGCCCCACAUCGACCUUCUACUGCUUACAGGCGCCCUAUAUCCAAAGAGUCAGCUCCAAAGCAUUUCAAUGUUGCUAGCCCACAUAGGCCUUCUACUGGUCAAAGGCACACUAGUGCCAGAGAUAUGGCAUCGAAGCAUAUUGGUAUUGCUACCUCAUGUCUGCCAUCUGUUGUCAAACAGUGUCCUAUCACUGGAGAGGGUGCACAUAAGCAUGCUGAUGUUGUCACCCUGAGCCGUUCUUCUACUGCCGAGAGGCGCCCCAUUGCUAGAGAUGUUGCACCAAAGAAUGGUCUGCCACACAGAUCUUCUACUGCAGAGAGGCGCCCCAUUGCUAGAAAUGUUGAACUGAAGCAUGCACCAGCACAGAGGCCUUCUACCGCUGAGAGACGUCCUGUUACCAGAGAGACUGUACUGAAGCAAACUAAUGUUGCCAACUCACGUUUGCCUUUGACGCCAGAUAGAUGCCUCACCAAAAAAAGUGUCAUUUCCACCCCAGAGCGCCCUUCUACAGGAGGAAGAUGCCCUAUCACCAAUGGCACUACAGUCUGGUCAAGAGCAAUGCCGAACUAUUCGAAGGGUGCUAUGGUCACAGAAGUUAUUCCCCAAAAGGCAAUAACUCCCAGGGUUGUUAGAAGUAGCAAGCUAGAAAACCUAAGUUAUGCAAAAGAAACAGUGGAAUUUCAAGUGGAUAGAAAGCAAAAGUCAAGUCCUUUUAACCUGCCUUCAAGGAAAAUGUUGACUUCCAAUGUUAGAGAUGAUCAAGGUCUUGAAAAAUUCAAAAAGCCAAACAAGGAGGUUAAUUGCAUAGAAACCAAUAGCCUGACAAGAAUUGGUCCCUUCGGGUCCAAAGCUGGCAGUUGCUUCCGCCUCCGCCUCCACCUCCGCCUCUGCCACCGGGCCGACCAUAUUGCACUGAGAAGAAACCGAAUGUCAACAGUUCACCUGUUGGUGGAAGAAAGCCAAAGGCCUCAGCUCCACGCUGGCACUAACCCAGUAUCUAGGAUCCUGCAGCAUAACUCUGAAGUCGUGAAGGGACAGAUACACACUGUAGGUUCCAAUGCAACUCAUUUGUAUGAGUACAAAUUGAGUACCUGCUUCUUCAAGGCCAGGCCUGCAAUUACUUUACCUUAUUGA